GUAAACAUUGUCUGUGGUGUGAAUGAUCGAGAAGAAAAGACAUCCUUAUGUCUGUGUGUUGUGCCUCUUAAAGAUAUAGCGUGUAAAGGCCUAACAGCGGCUGUCAAGUGUCAGAGCCUUGCAGAUUGUGGGAGCUUCGGUGUGUGACUGGCAGAGACAUGUUUCGGAGGAUUCUACAGUUGACUCCGGGGAGAGUUGGCACCCAGAAUUCAGAAUCUGAUUCUUCUGCAACUCCAGGAAAUGCUAUAAACAAUGAAAGUUCUUCUGAGGGUUUUAUCUGCCCACUUUGCAUGAAAUCUCAUGGAUCAGCUGAAGAACUGUUCAUGCACUAUGAAGCAUCUCAUGAACCAAACGAUGCUGGGGAACCUACCCUGUCUCCAAAAAGAGAGGAAGUUCUCUACCUUAAACAAGAAGUCCAAGACUUGCAAGCAUCACUUAAGGAGGAAAAGUGGUAUGCAGAAGAAUUGAAGAAGGAAUUGGAAAGUAUUCAAGGGCAGCUGAAGCAAGAACCGACUCAAGAUGGGAUAGUCACAGUUGCAGCUACAGAACUUCAGUCUUUGGGGCAUCAGUUAGAAGAAGCUAAAACGGAAAUGUUUAAUAUUAAGCAAAUGAAGGACUUGUUUGAGCAGAAAGCAGCCCAGCUCGCAACUGAAGUUGUUGACUUGAAGGCUGUGUAUGAUGAAGAAAAAAGUAAACUGGCUGCUACGGAAGAGAAAGUGAACAGUUUAUUUCAGGAGCUUGAUGUGAAGUCACGCUUGAUUGAGGACUUGAAGACUGAACUGCUACAACGACCCGGCAUUGAGGAUGUUGCUGUGCUUAAGAAAGAGCUAAUCCAGGUCCAGACACUCAUGGAUAAAACAACCCUAGAACGUGAAAAUGAAUCGGAGAAGCUGAAAGAUGAAUGCAAGCAGCUGCAGAUGCAAAACACCAACUGUGAGGUUACCAUUAAUCAGUUAAAAGCUGAACUUGCCAAAGGUCCCCAGGAGGUUGCAGUUUAUGUUCAGGAGCUACAACAACUGAAAAGCUCAAUGACUGAGUUAUCACAAAAAAAUGAGAGUUUGCUAGAAAAGCUCUUGAAAAAGGAGUUGGAUUACACACAGCUAGAGGAAAAACAUAGCGAAGAAUUGACAGCUAAGAAAAAUCUACAAGUUAAUCUCAACCAUAAAGAUGUGGAGUGUCAGCAGCUUCAGGCAAGGCUGUCAGCCAGUGACGUUUCUCUGCAGACAAUAAGGACAGAAAUGGCCGAGAAGGGUGAAGCAAACCAAAAACUCAAGCAAGAGCUGUCAGAGGUGGAAACCAAGUACCAGCAUCUCAAGGCUGAGUUUAAACAGCUUCAGCAGCAGCGUGAAGAGAAGGAACAGCAUAGUCUGCAGCUGCAAAGUGAGAUCAAUCAGCUACACAGCAAGUUGCUGGAGGCAGAGCGCCAGCUAGGGGAGGCACACGGCAGACUGAAGGAACAGAGGCAGCUGUCUGCUGAGAAACUGAUGGACAAAGAGCAACAGGUGGCUGAUCUUCAGCUCAAGCUCUCACGUGCUGACGAGCAGCUUAAAGAAAAUAAUUCUACUUCUACGGACCUGCAGCAUCAACUGGAGAAGCUAAGGCAGCAGCAUCAGGAGCAGCAGACUUUGCAGCAAACCACUACAUCAAAACUGAGGGAAGCCCAGAAUGACCUUGAACAAGUAUUACGCCAGAUUGGGGAUAAGGAUCAAAAAAUUCAGAAUCUUGAGGCCUUAUUAGAGAAGAGCAAAAAAAAUAUAUCUCUUCUUGAAAAAGAAAGGGAAGACUUGUAUGCCAAAAUUCAAGCAGGCGAAGGAGAAACUGCAGUCCUUAACCAGUUACAAGAAAAAAACCACAAACUACAGGAACAGUUAACCCAGCUCACAGAGAAGAUGAAGAAUCAGUCUGAAAGCCACAAACGAGCACAAGAGAACUUGCACGAGCAAGUACAGGAGCAGAAGUCGCAGCUCAGAGCAUCGCAGGACCAUGUUCUAUCGCUGGAGACCAAACUUGGGGAACUGAACAGCCAGCUGAAUGAGAGCAAAGAGAAAAUGUCCCACCUGGAAUUACAGAGUAAGAGGAACAUAGCGCUUAAGGACUUUAAUGAUAACAAAGGGGAUAUAAUCCUAGUACAAGAGACCUACUUCAUACAUACGAAAGAGCCCAAAACGUUUAAAUAUAAAUUUGGCAAGACAUUCUACUCAUCUAACCAUAAUAAAACUAACUGUGUAGGAAUACUACUAAGGAAGGGCAUCCCCUUUACUUUAUUUAAUUUAAUACAAGACAAGGAGGCAACUGGCUCAAGAAUAUCCCCCACAGGCUGGACGGAUCACUCUAUGGUGAGCUGUACAGUCAAAUGGCUGUCUGCACCGCAUUCCACAUAUGUGUGGAAAUUAAAUAAUGAUUUAUUAGAUCACCCACUGUACCAAGAAAAAAUCGAGACUAGACUGCAGGAAUACUUCAACUUAAACAUCUCCUCCAUACCUGACUUUAGACUUAUUUGGGAGGCUCACAAGAGUACAAUUAGGGGUGACCUUAUUAGUAUACAGUCACAUGACCACAAACAACAACGCGCCGCACUCCAGAGCGCAUUGUCGGCCAUUACUACUGUUGAGGAGAGACUUAAGAUCUCGCCCACAGAUGAAACCCUGAAAAAGGAACUACAGACACUUAGAGGCAGAGUCAAUACACUAUUAGAUAGAGACUGUAAACAACUGGCCCUCAAACUACAACAAAGUCACUAUGCCAGCGACAACAGGUGUAGCAGAUUACUAGCACGCAAGCUCAGAAGGCGAACAAAUAGGUCCUAUAUUCUCUCUAUAAAUAGACCAGGCAAAGAUACAGCCUACUCUACUUACGACAUAUCCGAAGCAUUCCGCACAUGCUUCAAAUCUCUAUAUAACCUCCCAGAGGACCUCCCUGAGGACACAACAUAUGCAGCCCUAAUAGAGUCUUUCCUCAAAGAGCUACCUAUACCCACAAUUACACAGACCCAGGAGGAAGCCCUUAAUUCCCCCUUUAAAUUGGAGGAACUCCUCUUGGUCUUAAAAGAUCUGCCAUUGGGUAAGGCCCCGGGCCCAGACGGCUUUACCAAUUACUAUUCUAAAAAGUAUAAUAAAAUACUUGCACCCCAUUUAUUAACCCUGUUCAAUUCAAUUUCUAGAACCAACCCUUUCCUGAGUAGUUCAUUAACCGCACAUAUCUCACUGAUUCCCAAAGAGGGUAAGGAUCACACGAGGGUCGAAAACUACAGACCGAUCUCUCUACUGAACACCGACGUGAAAAUUUAUGCUAAAUUGCUGGCGACCCGGUUGAAAGCCUUACUACCAGAUUUAAUACACGCUGAUCAAGUGGGCUUUAUACCUACAAGAGAAGCAAAGGACAACACAGUGCGAGCAAUUGACUUAAUUGAUUACGUGAAUAACCGUUCCAUACCCACUGUGAUAGUGUCCACAGAUGCUGAGAAGGCGUUAGACCGGGUCAGCUGGCGUUUCCUCCGCGUGGUUCUGCUGAGAUUAGGUCUAGGGGUAGACCUUAGCAUAACUAUGCAGCAAGGAAUCGUAAUGAUUACUAACGAACCUACGGGGGCUGAAACCCAUCCCGGUAUACCGGACCUUCUAAGUGCCAAACUAGAGGCCUUAUUUCAAACCCUAAUAGAUAAAGCGCCAUCUGAACAAGAAUUGCAGCGCCUUAUGGAUAAAGUGCCAUCAGCAAGUUCGGCAGCACUGACACUACAAACCGCUUUGACAUACAAGCCCUGCAUACCCACGUGGUCCGGAGACCUUAAACUAUUUAGCUUACAAACGACCGAGGACUUCUCACAGCAAUCCAGCUAUCAACCGUCACCCUCUCUGACAAUCUCAGAUGACACCCGAAUCAUGAGAGCUACUUACCUCCUCCCUUACUCCGGUUGUCAGGAGCAGGAAAAUACCACCUAUUACCCGGCAAUGGCACCCGGCAUCAACUCCGUAGAAACUCUAGAUCUCAAUAUCGCCUGUUUUGCCGGUGAGGAGUGGGGACCACCUGUCAAUGCAAGACCGCCCGGGAAAUGGCCUGAUACAAUCCCGCAAUCUGGAGCGAAACCGCAAACAGAGCUGUCACUUGCGGAGAAGGGGAAGGCAGAGAUAUUGAUCCACACGUUUUCAGAGGAUCCCCCAGAUGCAGCCUUAACCCACACACUGCAGACCGGUAAACUUGGUAAAUCAUACGGCCCAACUUGGAGAUGGGGUCACCCAGGCACAUCCUUCAUGCAGCUUGGAAAAAUAGCUCCGGUGAACAGAGGGGUUAACCCUGUUUCAACAACUCUUCCGGAGAUGGCCAAAGCUAGAGUUUCACAAACAAAGAAUGAACUACAGAAGAAAUGUGAAGCUCUUCAACAGACAAAAGAGAUUUUUGCAAAACAAGAGAAGGAGGCGAUCAGUCUUAAAGAGACUCAGGAAAAACUAAAGCAAGACCUGGAGAAAAUGGCAGCAAAGAUGCAAGAAGCUGUUGUCAAUGUAGAGAAAGCCAAACUGGAAAGAGAUUCUUUGCAGAAAGAUCUUACAGACACCCAAGAUAAUCUAUUGAAGAGCAUUCAAUCUCUUAAGGAAUCAAAUGAUAAACUGGAUAAGGAAAAGCAGAAGGGGAAAGAAGUGGAAACAGCACAUGAAGAAAUCAGACUAAAACUUCAGGCAAAGGUUGAUUCUUUAGAUAAAGAACUGAUGGGACUUAAAACAUUACUGGAGAAAAAGGAAGGGGAAUGCAGCCAGCUGAAGUCAGAAAUUGAUAAAGCACGUGGCUUUGUUGCAAAGGUGCAGAGUGUCAUUAAGGAGAAAGAAAAGCAUGAACAGGAACUUGAGGCAGCUCUGAAGAAGGUCCAAGAUUCCUUUGAUGAGAGUAAAAAACGUCAUAAAACAGAGCUUGAUGCUAUGAACAGUAAAUUAGCAAACACGGCAGAGCAAGAGUCAAAGUUGCAGCAGCAAGUAAGUUCAUUAAACGGAGACCUUACAUCAGAAAAGGGAAGGAUAUCUGAGUUGCAGAAAACCAACCAACAAAUCCAGGAAAAAUUGAAUCAAUUGCAGUCCGAUAUGUAUGGAAAAGAGUCAGAAGUGUCUGCAAUAAGACAAGAUCUCAAGUCUGCUGAGGAGAAGCUGGUCUUAGCCCAGGAAGAGCUGAAAUCUAAUAGGAAUGAGAUGAAUAAUCAGAAUAAAUCAGUCCAACAACUUACAACUUUGAAGGGAACCAUGGAACAGGACAUCACAAAAAUGGCUAAACAAAUGAAGGAACAAGAGAAAACCUUGCAAGAAUUACAACAACAAAAGGAAUUAACAAUUAAGGAAUUAAAUGAAGAAAAAUUGAAAGUAAGCUCUCUAAAUGCUCACAAGGAAAAGAUUGAGAGUGAAUUAUCAAAGAAGAUAGAAGAGCUGAAAAAUACCAAAGAUGAAUAUCAAAAGUAUUCCAGUAGUUUUGAAGACGCCAAACAGUUAUUAAUACAACAGAAAUUGGAACUUCAAAGCAAAAUAGACAACUCAGCUUCAGCACUUCAGCAGGAAAAGACUCUACAGCAAACAUUAAAAGGUGAAAUGAAAAAGAAAGAGGAGGAAUGGGUGAAGCAGCUUAAAGAGAGUAAAGAUAAACUGGCAAUAGAAACAAAAGAAAGAGAUGAUCAGAAAAAGAAGCAUGAAGAAAAUGAGUCUAAACUCACCAUGCAGAUUACUGCCUUAAAUGAGAACCUGGCUACCUUAAAGAAGGAAUGGCAGAGCAGCCAGCGCCGGGUCAGCGAGCUGGAGAAGCAAACGGAUGACCUGCGGGGAGAGAUCGCAGUACUGGAAGCAACUGUGCAAAACAACCAGGAUGACAGAAGAGCCCUGCUAGAAAGAUAUCUUAAAAGUGAAGGUGAAAUAGAAAAACUUCAAGCUAAAAUGGUUGAACUAAGGAAAAAGUUAGAUGAAACAAGCUAUGCUAUGGAAGAGCUGGGCAGAGAAAACCAAUCUCUUCAGAUCAAACACAGCCAAGCUCUUAAUAGGAAAUGGACAGAAGACAAUGAAGUACAAAAUUGUAUGGAAUGCGGAAAGGGAUUUUCUGUAACCAUAAGAAGGCACCAUUGUAGACAGUGUGGAAAUAUCUUCUGUGCAGAAUGUUCGUCAAGGAAUGCCUUAACUCCCUCCUCCAAAAAGCCUGUCCGUGUCUGUAAUACAUGUUUUAUUGACUUACAAGGAUAGAAACGGUUCUUUAGAUAGGAAUCUGCAAAUUACAGUUAGUAUUUUUGUUAAUGCACUUCAUAUAGCACUCAAAGUACUUAUUUCUUUGGACAAAGAUUGUAAAGAUUGACAAGAUGCCCUUUGAAAUGUUUUAUUGAUGCAAAGUAAAAUUGUUGUAUUUUUCAUGAAAACAAACAACUAGUUUAAUUCAUAGCCUGCAUCUAGCUUUUUCAUUCCGAGAUAGCUUUUAUGUUGAUUUUAUUUUCCACUCGACUGCCUGUAAAUAUGAGACUAACAGAGAGACAACAUAUUUUUAUACUUCAUCUGACAGUAAACCUGGGGAUAUAUGACUGAUCACUUAUUGUUCCUCUUAAACAAAUAGAAAAUGUACAGCCAAGUGUUUCUUUGUUUUUUAGAAGUUAGAUUUGGCUUUCUUGUACCAUAUUGUUAUUAAAAAUUACUAUCUUCUAAAGGAUAUUCAGGCAAGUUUUAGUCUGCACUAAAAGUAUCAGCCUGCUUAUUUUUAUUAGUGCAAUUAUCCCAUUCAUCUCUGCAUUCACAUAUUAAUGAAACUAUAGAUCGACAAGACCUUCAUUUUAUUGCAGCUAUCCUUUUUUUUUUUUUCCCCCCCGUUUUCUUUUUAAAGUAAUGAUAAAUCCUAGCGUUUUUGAAAUGCUAGGAUUUACCAGUGCAACAAAUAAAGGUAACUUUCAGUCGUGAAGUAUAAAAUACUUCAUGCUGAAAGUUCCUUUAUUUGUCUGCAGUGCAUGCCGUGCUGAGCGCCUCAGGGCAGCCCACUGCAGAACACUAUUUUUCAGUGAGGUGAUGUUAACCAAUAGCGUGCUAGGAUUUACCAUCACUUUUAAGUUACGAUAAUUUUACACUCAAUGCGCAUUACUCAUAUUACUUUAAACACCUCACCUUGCAUUUUACCUUUUAUCUAAGCAUUUCAUAAAGUGGAAUCCUAAUGCUGUGCAUGGUGUAAGGCCACUACUGUCCUGUGUGUUGUUUGGAUAUCCCUUGUAUAAAAGCAAAAGGGUUUCUGAUCUAUUUAGAGGUGUGUCUGCCAAUCUCAUUAUUUUUUGGGAGAUAACUGGAAAAUGUUUUAUAUCCUGAGUGCUUUCCAUAACAGCUGUUAACUGGAGCUGGAUUUUUUUCUAUUGAAAGUGCAACACACUAAGAUCUGGAUUUGCACAUAUCUUAGUGUGUUGCACUUUAACAAGAAAAAAAUCAGACUCCGAAAAGAGCCAAAUGCCACGGAUGCCCACCUUCUUCCGCAUUCUGCAGCUAAAGGAACUGCUGAAUGCAUAUCCCUACUCACAAUACAUUUCUAGAUGUGAUGUGAUGUGUAAGUGUUUGUUCUCUCGUCUCUUUUAACUAAACUUUCUUUUAAAAAAACAAAACACUAGACUGUAAAGCUUUGAUGCACUAAUUUGGGGCACCUGUUCAGUUCCUAAUAAUAUUUAGUACCUUGGGUGGCAUUAUUUCUUCCCAUGUAUACACUAAAACAACCUACUUGCCUUGAAUGAUCCAUUGUGUAUACUAUGUGAAUUGAAUGGCUUUAAGUUGCAGAAUAAUGUUGAGGUUUUUAGCAGUGGUUAAAGUGAUAUGGAAGGGAUAGUAGCCUCUUUUAUGUAGUGAAUAUGAUACAAUAAAAUGAGCGGAGGGAAAAAUUAAAGGGACAUAAAUGUCAGGUAUAAAAUUAAAUGCUAUUUAAAGUAGUUUUCCCAUUUACCUUAAAACAUCUUCUGGUUCUUUCUGUAUUCCUUCAGAUACUUAAGGGCAAAUUUAUCAAAAGGAGUGUGGUCCUAUUGAUUUCAGCUUCGCUCAUGUGAGGCUACAACUUUAUUUAUAGCAGUUUAAACCGCUCUUUCCUAAAUCCUAGAUACAGGGGAUGAAUUUGCCCUGAAAUUUGUGAUCCCAUUGAACAAAUUCACUACCUGUGAGCCUUGUCCAUCCAGACAAUGAUAAAUCUUCCCCUUAUGCUUAAGCUUUACUCCUGUAUUGUGUCUUAAAGGAACAUUGUACUGUAAUUUUUAUCCUUUUGUGUUCUCAACCACUGGUUAUAUCAGCUGCAGAGUGUUAAAUGUAUUAGAAAUUGCUCCUUUAGGUUCAUUUUUGCAUCAGUAUCAACAACACUUUCUAAAGAAGAAAAGAAACAGCUUGCAACACAUGAAUACUAUACCCUGGAGGAGAUAAGCCGAGCUGUAGUUUAAGGCAGUGCAUGUUGUUUGUCUGCAAAAGAGAAACUCUCAGAUGUUCUCACUAUUUAGUGGCUUGCUCUCUAAAAUAAAUAAUGUUAUAUCAAAUUAGUCUUUAUGGUUUAUACAAAACACACAAUGAAUUUGUUCUCUUGGCAUCAUUUUUUGAAGAGUAAACCUAAGUUGGCUCAUAGGAGCUAAGGGGUGUGCAUGUCUUGUGACAGCAUUGUUUUCAAACACUAUACAUUGUUGCAAGCAGCAAGCACUAUAUAUUGUUGCAAGCACUGCUGCCAUAGAAUGCUAUACAUAUGCACACUCCUGACCCUACCUAGGUUUUAAUCUUCAACAAAGAAUCACAAAAGAAUUAAGCAAAUUUGAUAUGUGUGCUUUGUUUACACUUCGUUUAUUUUCUUUUUUUUGGGGGGGGGGGGUGGGGGGGGCUGUAAAAUGACUUUUCUACUUGAUCAAUUAAAAGGGACAGUAAAGUCCAAAUUAAAAUUAAUUAGAUUGGAUAGAGCGUAACAUUUUAACAAUCUUUCCAAUUUACUUCUAUUAUGAGUUUUGCUUAGUUCUCUGACAUACUCUGAUAGGAGCGUGCAAGUGUCUUUAGCAGUCUAUGGCAGCAGUGUUUGCAACUAUGUAUAACAUUACUAUAAACAAUGUUGCAAACUCUGCUGCCAUAGACUGCUAAAGACACUUGCACGCUCCUAUCACUCUACCUAGGUUUACUCUUCAACAAAGGAUAAAAAAUAGAACAAAGCAUAUUUGAUAGCACAAGUAAAUUGGAACGUUAUAUAAAAUUGCAUUCUCUACCAGAUCCAACUUUUAUCUUGACUUUACCGUCCCGGUAAAAUAAAAUGGGUAUUUUAACACACCAUUCAUGCAUGAAAUUGUACUUCAUGACCCUUUUGAAUUAUUACAUAUUUAUAGUAAAUUUAUCAGUUUGAUAAUUUGCCAACUCCUGCAUAUAUACUGUGUGUGUGUAUAUAUAUAUUAUAUACUCAAAACCCUAGCCAGAGCUGGGAAUAUAAUUUAAAUCAACUGUCAUCCAUUUAGAUUCCGGCCGUGAAUAAAGCUGUGUCGAUAAAAUGAAAUGUCUGCAUAAUGUUUAAAAAUAUCAUCAAGUAACAUUUGCAUUUAAUUGAACAGAUAGAAAGAAUGUAGCUGUGGUCUUUGGCUAUAAAGUAUGUUUUACUUGUUCCAGAACCAUGAAAGGAAGAAUCUAAGCACUUAAGCAUUUCUAUGAGAGAAGUUGGAAUCAUAACCGGUUUAAUGUAUUCUAGUAUAGACAAUAUCGUUAGACUUUAAGUUCACAAUAAAUAAAAAGGAAAGCCUCAUAAAAAAUACAUUUUGUGUAAUUGAUCACCAAAGCCAAUAAUCUGUCAUAAAUGUCAUUUGUAACUGAUUUGUUUCUAUAAAUCAUCUUCUAUUUUGUCUGCUAUUAAUUCCAUUCAGUUAUCAUGGGCAGCUUUUUUGUCAUGAUAUACACUUCUAUUUAAUUGGGAAUUUUGUAAUAUGAAUAUGUAAAUGAGGCAGUAUGUGCUGCACGUAUUUCAAAAUACCAAGUCAUUUGUAUGAAAUGAAAAGCAAUAGAUUGAGUACCUAGUCUUGGCUCUCACGUUUGUGUUUUACCCUUAUUAUUUUUAUUACCUUUUCUAGUAAAAAUGGCUUCUUAGAUAGGAUUAGCUCAUAGAACAGAUGUGUUCUCUAAGGAAAACGCAUAGAGGAGUAAUGUGUUGGCAAGAAAGUUUUCUGUCUCUAAAAACUAAACCUGAAGAAUUGUGCUAUGUCUACCUCUUCAAAAGUUCAUAAUUAGCGUUCAGUGGCAGACAGUAUUGAAGUCUCUGCUGUACAGAUCAUACAUAAUCAUAAACAAUGAAUAUUUGGUUGUGCAAACGAAUAUCCUUUUGGUAUCCUCAACUACCUCUUUAUUAUGUGUAAAUUGAGUUAAAUAUGUGCAUGAUACAGUAUAAUGACUGCCAAAUGUUAGCUUGUUAUAUUCUAUAUGCAAAACCAGUUGAAAAAAAUCACCUUGCUAAUAAAAUGACAUCAGUUCCUUUGA